AUGAAGCUAACUAUUACAAAACGGUGCAUCUUCCUGUUCAUCCUUCUAAAUCACCCAACCCCAGUUCUUCCUGCCUCUCGAAAUCACACCUAUCCUUCGGCAAUAGAGCCCGAGCCAUUUCUGUACAUUCUAGGGCGCAAGAAGAUGAUGGAUGCACAGUACAAAUGCUAUGACCGAAUGGAACAGUUACCACCAUACCAAGGAGAAGGUCCGUAUUGCAACCGUACCUGGGAUGGAUGGAUGUGCUGGGACGACACACCGGCUGGGGUGAUGACUUAUCAGUACUGCCCUGACUACUUUCCUGACUUCGAUCCAUCAGAAAAGGUGACAAAAUACUGUGAUGAAAAGGGAGUUUGGUUUAAACAUCCUGAGAACAAUCGAACCUGGUCCAACUAUACUAUGUGUAAUGCUUUCACUCCUGAGAAACUGAAGAAUGCAUAUGUUCUCUACUAUUUGGCUAUUGUGGGCCAUUCUUUGUCAAUUUUCACCUUAGUGAUUUCCCUGGGAAUUUUCUUAUUUUUCAAGAGCCUCAGCUGCCAAAGGAUAACACUGCACAAGAACAUGUUUCUGACUUACAUUCUGAAUUCCAUGAUCAUCAUCAUCCACCUGGUUGAAGUGGUGCCCAACGGAGAGCUUGUGAGAAGGGAUCCGGUGAGCUGCAAGAUUUUGCACUUUUUCCACCAGUACAUGAUGGCAUGCAAUUACUUCUGGAUGCUCUGUGAAGGGAUCUAUCUUCACACACUCAUCGUGGUGUCUGUGUUCAUGGAAGAACAACACUUGCGGUGGUAUUACCUCUUGGGCUGGGGUUUCCCAUUGGUGCCAACUACUAUCCAUGCCAUUACCAGAGCUCUGUACUUCAAUGACAACUGCUGGCUGAGUGUGGAGACUCAUUUGCUUUACAUUAUCCAUGGCCCUGUCAUGGCGGCAUUGGUGGUCAAUUUCUUCUUUUUGCUCAACAUUGUCCGUGUGCUCGUGAGGAAGAUGCGGGAAAACCACCAUCCGGAAUCGCACAUGUACUUGAAGGCUGUGAGGGCCACCCUGAUCCUCGUGCCCCUGCUGGGGAUCCAGUUUGUCGUCUUUCCCUGGAGACCAUCCAACAAGAUGCUUGGGAAAAUCUACGAUUACCUCAUGCACUCUCUGAUUCAUUUCCAGGGAUUCUUCGUUGCAACUAUCUACUGCUUCUGCAACAAUGAGGUUCAAACCACCGUGAAGCGCCAGUGGGCGCAGUUUAGAACCCAGUGGAACCAGCGCUGGAGGAGCCGCCGCUCCGCCCGCUCCACCUCUAGCGCCGCCGUGUCUGCCGGCGACCCUGCCGUCUACAUCUGCCACCAGGAGCGCAGAGACGAGGCGGCCAAUGAUAAGGGUGAAGAGGGAGGCGAAGUCAUCGCGUUGAAAAUCAUAGCACAAGAGUCAUCUGCUUGA